UGUGAGCGGAUCACGGACACAUUCCUGAGUAGGCGGUGGACUUUCCCGAGCGGCAGGUUGGUUCGCGUGAGCUGGAAGUCUGCUUAAAGUGCGCCUCGGUGUGCGCUAAUGACGCUGUUCAUGCGCUCCGGAGACAGUAGCUGGUAGUGGCCCGCAGGUGUGGAGGAGGAUCCGGGAACCGGAGCAGGAACAUGGACCGAGCAGAGCAGCCAGAGGUACCUGCUGGUCCCCGGAGAGUCUGACAGCGAGAUCGGAGUCUGAUUCCAGAGUUUUUCAGCGAUGGCCGGCUGCUGGCUGUGGUGUCGACGCACAUGUGUGUGCUGCCUGUCGGAGGAGGACAAGACGACCAUCAGCGUGCACAAAGAGAUCGAGGACAUCCUGAGGCGUGAGAGGAAGAAAAAGAGGCGGGAGAUUAAAAUCCUGCUGCUGGGAACCGGCGAGAGCGGGAAAACCACCUUCAUCCGACAGAUGAGGAUCAUCCACGGCAAAGGUUUCUCCCCGGAGGAGAGGAUGACCUUCGCCAAAUGCAUCUUCCAGAACAUCUUCACUGCCAUCAAGGCCCUGACAGGAGCCAUGAGGAUGCUCAGGAUCCCCUAUUCCAAUGCCGAGAACGAGGUCUACGCCAACUGGCUGCAGGACGUGAACACAGUGCAGGUCACUCAGCUGGAUCGAGGAUACGUCGACGCCAUCCGCCGCCUCUGGGCCGAUUCGGGGAUCCGGGUGUGUUAUAGCCGCCGCUGCGAGUACCAGCUGCUGGACUCCACAGAGUACUACAUGAAUAACCUGGAUCGGAUCUCUGCUCAGGACUACAUCCCCACAGAACAGGACGUGCUGCGGGUUCGAUUCCCCACCACGGGCAUCCACGACUACUCCUUCACCAUCAAGACCAUCACGCUAAGGAUUGUGGACGUCGGCGGUCAGAAGUCGGAGCGUCGGAAAUGGAUCCACUGCUUUGAAAACGUCACGUCGCUCAUCUUCCUGGCUUCGCUCAGCGAGUACGACCAGGUUCUAGAGGAGAGAGAGACCAUCAACCGAAUGCAGGAGAGUCUGGCUCUGUUCUUCACCACCAUCCAUUCCCCCUGGUUCCGCAACACCUCCAUCAUCCUCUUCCUCAACAAGACUGACAUCCUGGCUGACAAGAUCCAAACCUCCGACCUGCAGAAAUACUUCCCCAGUUUCACAGGUAAGAGGCAGGACCCCGAGGACGCCAAAAACUACAUUCGAAAGUUGUACGAGCUGCAGGCCAUAAAUCACGAAAAAAGAGAGGAGUCGAAAACUUUAUAUCCGCACUUCACCUGUGCCACCGACACCAGCAACAUCCGACGAGUUUUCCAAGACAUCAAAGACACGGUGCUGCUCAAGUCGCUCAGGGACUACGGAGUCAUCUGAACUUUCACUGAGUAUUUUAAAAGACAGCGGAGGAAAACUGUGCUCUUUGUCUCCGUCUGGACUGUUUAUUUGUAUGAGUCGAGGCUUGGAUUAAGGCCAACAUGUGACAAUCAGACCAGCAGCCCUUUUUUAAUACUUCUGUCCUCCUCCUCCUCCUCAUCUUUUAAUGAAGAUGAAAAAACAGUUUCUUUUCCUCUCGCCUCUACCACCACCUCUGCUCUUCAAAGCAUGGGGAUGUUUAGGGAGUAAUCACCCUCAUUUCUCCCCCCUCCUCCUCCACCACAUUCUGAUCAUUUUGCUUUUUCUGGAUGUACAGGUGUUUGGGACACACAGUGACCGAAGUGCUCCGUAAUUGAGGCUCGCAGAGAUGCUAUGAAGCGCUGGAGUAAUGACUUUUACAAGUGGAGACAAGGGUCACAUAUCGGAGCUUCACCGCCAGUCACACGGGUUUAAAAUGCUUCAGGUGUUUCCAUUCAGGAGCUCAGAAACACUGUCUGUGACAACAACCAAUGACAGCAACCAGAGGGAAGAAUGUGGGGAUCAAAACUGACAUUAAGAAACAAUGCAAAUUGUAUCCAACAUUACAAAAGAAAAACUGUGCAAAAACUUCAAUGCAAAAAUGCAUCUUAAAAAAGCAUUUCCUAUUUCAGUGACAGAAGCUUUGGACAAAUAUUGACCGGACUGUCAAUAAUGAAUACUGUUUAAGGAGGUUAUCCUUCACAUUGUGAAUUUAUUGGCACCACAGAAAUCCUACCCAGGAAUUUACAGCCCCAAUUCCAUCCAAAUCUGACCAUAUACAGCACCUAACCUUUGUUCUAAGCCUGCAGUGCACUGGAAAAAAUGCCCCUCUCAAAACAAGAAAAAAAAAUUAUUUCAAGGAACUUUUACCUUGAAAUAAGUGAAAAAAUCUGCAAAUAGAACAAGUGAAAAAUGGCUUGGUGAGAUUUCUUGAAAUAAGUUAUGAUAUUUAGAAUCUUGAGAUCUUAAAAUUAGCUGGGAAAACUUAUGUUAAGCUCUAUUUUACCAGGAUUGUCAAGCUUAGGUGUCUUAAAAUAAGCCAGACAUGCAAAAAAAAAAGCAGUUUUUCACAGAAAAAUAGAUUUUUGCUUUCAUGUAACCUCCUAAUUUGAGAUGUAUUAAACUUGUUGUGAGUUUUCUUGUAAAAUUCAACUCAAAACAAGAUCAUUUCAAGAUUAUUUGAUUUAACAAGAUAUUUAAGAUGCAUUGUCUUAAAACAAGCCCCUCCAUCUGCUGAAAUGUCUCUUGUUAAGUGAAUUUCUCUUAAAUCAAGUGGGAUGAGACAUUUUGACUAAAAAUAAGACAAAUGGACUUGGUAAGAUUUAGAGUUUUUGCAGUGUGAUUGAAGCCUGUGGAUUAACUUACUAUGCACAAUGCAACAACACAAAAUACAGAAAGGCUCAUUCAACAGCAUGCAUUUAAAAAAAAUUCCUCUUGUUUUUUGUUUAAAGCCAAAGCAGCUAUUAUAAGUUGGAAAAUGUAAUAUAAGAGUAAAAACUACUCCUGAAUCCGUCGCUGUCAACAUGCCAGACUCCCCAUUGAUUCCAGUUAUCUCACUCCAUCAUAUUAUCUGCAUUCAGCUCAUCUGUUCUGCACCAAAUCUCUCCGUUAACGUGCAGAAAAUCUGUGCAGCUGCCACUUGUUUGAGACAUGCAACUCCCCGCAUUACAUGUUAGGGGGAAAAAUACAGGCUUUGUGUUCAGAAACUGGAGAGAACACAACAGGAGAGUGGAUCUCUGUUGAAGUUGGAAAUUGUUGCACAGUUGGUGAGACACAAUCAGAAUGAACCGACGAUAGGAAUUUAAGCUCAUUUUUCUCCACUUAUUAACUUAUUUUUCCUCUCUAACUAAUGAAAUGUCAACUUUUUAGUCAAACGUAAAUUAAAGAUCAUAAUUUAUCAGGAGGAUGCGUCUGUUUUAGACUCUGAAUCCUGAGCUCUGCUGUUUUUAUGAUGUUUAACAAGUCUGCCUUAUUAAUAUGAUGUCCAGAGUUUGUUUCUGCUUCCCGCAAGUGUCGAAAAAAUGAGUUAAAGACUAAAAAUAAGACAAAUAGACUUGGUAGGAUUUUGAGUUUUUGUAGUGUUUAAGUAAUAAUACUCACCAAAAAUGAAUGUAUUCUGGGAUGUAAACAGGGAUGUAAACAAGUUCAAUUUGUUGCUUCCGGUUGUUUGUAGGAGUUUUUCCUUUGAGUUUAUUAAAAUUGAAAACCUGCAGCAUCAAACAGCAGCAGGAUCAGUGGAACAACAGCGCCGGUAACUUCAUUUAAACUGUCUUCAUCUCAGACAUCUCCAUCAGGAACAUGAAGCUCCAUCACUGCUGCCGGGAUAUUUUUUUAUUCUACUGUUGGUAAAGUUGUUGUUAAAUUAUCAUCACACAUAACAGAAUUUUCAGUGUUUAGGAAAUCAGAAAUACACAAAGCUAUGAGUCAUUUUGGUCACAUUGAUACGCCUGCUGGUAGUUCAGUUCCAGUGUUUUAUUUAUUAGUGCAUUUUCAUGAACUAUGCAUCACUUGAUAUCUCCGUUCCUGUGGCGUCUUAAUGUAGCUGUGAGGAACAUGAACAGAAAACCGACCGAUGUCUGAAUGAAUUUAACAGAUUAAUAAACCAGUAAAGUUACGGAACUCAUGUCUGAUAAGGGUUUAAAACUGUCUGAUUUCAGGGGCUGCAGGAUUUAUUUAACUCUAAAUCAUGCAAAAAUAAGUCAGAAAGAAAAACAAUCAACCUUAAAUUGUGUGUGAUAUGUCCCCUAUAAAUGUUUAGUUUCAUAAAUACAACUAAUCACUGUAGCUAUCUUUCUUUUUUAAACUCUAAAAGUUCAGUUCCUGUAAAGCAGUACAGCCAACAGGAAGUACUUGAAGAUCUGUCUUUAUUUAUUAUUCCCAUCAGCUAAAUACCAUAAAUAAGUGAAGAUAAAUACCAUAUAUUCGAUAGCAGCUUUAAAAGGUCACACGUCAAAAAAAGGGAGAGUUGUUUUCCUGUGAGGAAACGACUCUAAAUUAAAGAUGGUGGAGGAACAUUUUAAAAAAACUCAACAGAUGAUGUGCUCUGCUGAGUAAAGGGUAAAGGAUAUUAAAGUGAGGCGGCAGUGAGAACUGGGAAGGAGUUUUAUCAUACUGAACCAAAGUUCUGCCCCCUUGUGAGUCCUUCUGACUGGAAGACGUCUUUGAAAUGAACUCCUCUUGACAUGGUUCCAUUAACUCUACAUCAACUGCUGCGUUCAAUGUGGUAGCUUUAGUUUUAAACCCUUCAGACACAAACGUGUAGUUUUACUGAUGACUACUACUUCUGAUUGAUUUGUAACUGCUGUAUUUUUAAUUAUUUUUGACCAACUGCACAUAAACUGCGACUGUGGAGAGUUUGUUUUCUAGUGAGCUGCUGUUCUUCACUGGGAAACCUCCUGUCCAGCAGUGACAGUGAGUUAUUCUGUGUAGACUUGGGUGGAGGAAACACUUUUGUUUUUUCUAGUUAAUAUUAAAAGCAAACUUUUGAACACA